UCCUCUACACACUUUGGCCAUUCCAAAAGUGCGGCAUUUUGUGUGCUACUGUGUGCUGCAUUCGUCAAGGAAAAGAAUUGUUAAUUUCGGUGCGAAAGCUGCACCGGACGGUAUUUUAUGUGCUUUUAUUACAUUACCAAGUGUGGGCGCGUGUCGUUGUACAAAAGCUAGCCAGUAAACAGGCCACAUUCGCUGCCGUGUGUCUCGCGAUUUGGUUUCGCCGGCUGAACCUUUGCUAUUCGGCAUUUUGGCUAUCGGAACCGAACGCCGCUUUGACAAACGCACACACAUACACAUACAGAGACGCGCGCGCACGUAGCGUCGAAAAAAGAGGUACGGGAACGACUUGCCGCUGCUGCUAGGUACAAAAUCAACCAAACAGCGCCGCACCGCUGUAGCUCUCGUCCAUUUGCCAAGGUUAACGAAAUUGGCGGGAGCUUGUACAACUGAACUUCGGGUGUUUUUGGAGCUGAUUCUCACCAGGGUGCAUCAAAAUGGGUGAUCGAGCAGAUGGUGCGGAAGCAUUCGAUGAUGCGGUCGAGGAGCGUGUCAUCAAUGAGGAGUACAAAAUUUGGAAGAAAAACACUCCCUUCCUGUACGAUUUGGUCAUGACACACGCGCUCGAGUGGCCCUCGCUAACGGCCCAGUGGCUGCCGGACGUGACGAAGCCAGAAGGGAAAGAUUACUCGGUGCACCGGCUCAUCCUCGGCACGCACACAUCCGACGAGCAGAACCAUCUGCUGAUCGCGAGCGUGCAGCUGCCGAAUGAGGAUGCACAGUUCGACACGGGCCACUACGACAACGAGAAGGGCGAAUUUGGCGGGUUUGGAUCGGUGUCGGGAAAGAUCGAGAUUGAGAUCAAAAUUAACCACGAGGGAGAAGUGAACCGGGCACGCUAUAUGCCACAGAACCCGUGCGUGAUCGCCACCAAAACACCGUCCAGCGAUGUGCUCGUGUUCGACUACACGAAACAUCCGAGCAAGCCGGAACCGAGCGGCGAAUGUCACCCGGAUCUGCGGCUGCGAGGACACCAGAAGGAGGGUUACGGUUUGUCGUGGAACCCGAACCUGAACGGGUAUCUGCUGUCCGCCAGUGACGAUCAUACCAUCUGUCUGUGGGACAUCAACGCCACACCGAAGGAGCAUCGGUUGAUCGAUGCGAAGAACAUAUUCACCGGCCAUACGGCGGUGGUGGAAGACGUGGCAUGGCAUUUGCUGCACGAAUCACUGUUCGGCUCGGUGGCCGACGAUCAGAAGCUGAUGAUCUGGGAUACACGGUGCAACAACACCUCGAAACCGUCCCACACGGUCGACGCACACACGGCCGAGGUGAACUGCCUCAGCUUCAACCCGUACUCGGAGUUCAUCCUGGCGACGGGGUCGGCUGACAAGACGGUCGCGCUGUGGGAUUUGCGCAAUCUGAAGCUGAAGCUACACUCGUUCGAAUCGCACCGGGAUGAAAUUUUCCAGGUGCAGUGGUCCCCGCACAACGAAACGAUCCUGGCAUCGUCCGGCACGGAUCGCCGGCUGCACGUGUGGGAUCUGUCGAAGAUCGGCGAGGAGCAGAGCGCGGAGGACGCGGAAGACGGACCGCCCGAGCUGCUGUUUAUUCACGGUGGCCACACGGCCAAGAUAUCGGACUUUUCGUGGAACCCGAACGAACCGUGGGUCAUCUGUUCCGUGUCGGAGGACAACAUUAUGCAGGUGUGGCAGAUGGCGGAGAACAUGUACAACGACGAGGAUCCGGACGUGCCGGCAAGCGAGAUCGAGGCCGGUGCACCGUAAAGCGUACUUGUGUUUUAAUACAUUCGCAUAAUUAUUUGAAUAGGGUUGUAUCGCGCGUCACAACGGUUUCGUUCUGAAUUUAUGUUAUCUUUCCGUUUUCUUAUUUUACUCUAUGCACUGCAAGCGGUAUAUAAUGGCGAUCCUUCUCCCAAUCAUAACGCGCCGCCGGAGUGCAUGAGCUUACUGUAUCAGCAUAUGUUUGAAAUAAAAGAGUUCAUUUGACGGACAUACACAACUCACACACACACAAUCCUAAUAUGUAGAAGAUCUGUACCAACUGCAUGGCGCAAGGAGUACUCGGUAACAUUCAAUAAAAUCAAACUCUGAAGUACCUUCUAUUGUUUCAAUGUAGAACGUGCUCGGAGUGGAACUGAA